UAUAAUGUAAAUGUUGAUGGGGGGAAGCAGAUGUUUUCGUGUAUAAUAGAGCAAGUGACGCAGUACAAAGUGAUGCCGCACAAGGCCACUGAGAGUUUAGUAUAUUCCAAAACGUAGAAGAGAGUAGACGUUAUAUUUCAAUAUUUUUGAUUUUGUUUGCAUCAUGGCUACGAGUGGGAAGAAGUGCGUUUUUAACUGUAGCAUGAUCAGUGAAAAAAUUAUAAUUUUCGAAGAAGACAAAUUAAAAAAGUGCCAACAUAUUUCUAAAGUUCGUAUCGCUUUUGAUUUGAAAUACAGUGAUAUUGUGUUACCAGAAAUAGUGGACGGUGUCAGUGGUUAUCAUCGACUUUGCUAUAAAGCAUUUACAUCCAUCCAAAAUAAAUAUUUGGAUAAAUAUAACGAGAACAAUCAAUUGGAAGUAGCAAAAUCACCACAAGGCCACACGUCCAUUGAGGCAUCUGCGUCUCCGCAGGCCGAACAUUCGGCAGUGAGUAAUCAAUCCAUAGUGAAUGAUUUUCCGCAAGGUUCCACAUCUAUUAUUUCACAAUGUGACAAUUCAGCUGGCGAUGAAGACGUUAAUGCAGAAAGCGAAUAA